AUGGUCUACAACUUUGGCGGCGGUCUUUGCAGCGGCUACGCAGGGAACCCCUACUUCAACGGCUCUGCCUUUGCAAUCGAGCACGGUGUCAUAGUGGUCACUGUGUCCUAUCGCCUCGGCGCUCUCGGUUUCCUCGUCAGCGACGACUUCGAUGGCCCCGGCAACGGCGGAAUGAAUGGGAUUCGUGACAUCGCAGUUGCUCUUGCAUGGCUGAACAGAUUCGUUCCCUACUUUGGUGGUGAUCCUGGCCGUGUGACGCUCUUCGGCCAAAGCUCGGGAUCCUAUGCCACCUGCACCCUCAGCGUGGCACCGAUAGCCAGAGGCUUGUUCCAAAGAGCCAUCCUGCAAUCAGGACCAUGCUUCGGCGGCCCUCCCAACCGGGGCUGGGGGCCGCGAAAUGCUACCUACGGCCAGCGAAUCACAUCGGAGGUGAUGCGAGCGCUGAAUGUCUCAACGCUGCAGGAGCUGCGCCAGGUGCCUGCGGAGAAGGUCCAGUGGCCCGCUUACACGAUGAAUGACCCUUCUGUGGCUCCGUACUUCUCUGGUUACUUUGAGGAUCCAGGGCUCCUGCCAGCACCAGCAGAGACGCUGUGGGCUGCAGGGAUGAUCAACCCGAAGAGUGUCAUUGCAGGCCACAAUUCGAAGGAUGGCACAGCCGCCUUCUAUGGUGUUGCGCCAACACUGGGCUUGGUCCCUGGCGACAAGAAUCAGACGCUUCCGGCAGACUACGAGGAAGCCAUUAGAAAGGUCUGGGGCAGCCAGUCAAUGGCGGUCCUGCAACAGUACCCACUGACGCGAUUCGAAGGAAGCCCGCAGAAGGCAUUUCUGCAAGUUGACGCCGACUCCAUGGUCAUUUGUCCCGCCUACCAGCUUCUUCGUGGCAUUUGUGCCUUUGUGGACACCUGGUCGUACGAGUUCGCCCACUACAUUCCAUCCCGAUUGCGUGCGGAUGGCUUUGGCUGCUCCAAUGGUGCCGAGCUAGACGUUACGCCACCGCGACAAUCCGAGUACACGAAGCUGUUCGCGAUGCACGGGGACGAAGUGAAGUUUGUUUUUGGAAACGAGGUCGGUCCCGAUGGACUGGGUCCGCCAAACAACAGGACAAUCUGCACUUUUGACUCUGGAGAGCGGCAGCUGAGCAAGCAGAUGCGAGCACACUGGGCAGCUUUCGCUACAGGAGCUCGGCCACUGAUCUCCUGGCCACGCUACAACGGGACCGCUGCUGAAGCCGCCACCUUGGUCUUCUCAGACCCAGCUGCAGACGGACUCGGAAUCGCCGUGCAGGGUGGUAUGCAUGCGGCAGACUGUGACUUCUGGCAGAAGCUCUGGGCAGAGCAGCGGAAAUCUGAGCUUUCUUCAACGGAGCUGACGUUCGUUUAG